CAUAUCAACCCGAAGAACCGUCGUGGAAAGCUGGGCAAAACAACAACAUGGGACGAAAAUCCGACGGCGUUUGCGUUCGAAGCCUCGAGAUUGUGGCUAAGCAGCGACUGAAUUGAUCUAUAAAGAUUGGGAUGUCUUUCGGUUAAAGCUUCCUCGAAACUUGAAGAAUUUCUUUCUUUUGUACUCUAGCUUCACAUUUACUAUUCUAAACCCUAAACUUCCGUGGGAAAUUUCUUAUCAAGUUUGUAUUCAUUGAUCCAUCACACAAGUUUUAUUUUGCUGAUAAAUUUUUCUGUGGGGUUGCAACGCAUAGGGUUUGGCUAAGCUUGUUUCUGGUUUUCUGUUAUCUUGAAUCUUCAUAAAGUUCAAUCCAUGGCAGACGGGAACGAGGAUAAUCAAUGCAAGAGUCCAAUGGUAUCAACAGAUGUUAAUGUAUCCACCGCAGACAAAAUUAAAGAGAGGUGUACGGAUCAGAGAGAAGCCCUCGUGGGGGAGCCUAAUUGUGUUAUGUGUGGCCGCUAUGGAGAGUAUAUAUGUGAUGAGACAGAUGAUGAUAUUUGCAGUUUGGAAUGUAAACAAGCGCUACUAAGCAGGAGCAGGGUUGUCAACUCACAAUCAUUAGUUGGUAUCCAAACUCCUAAAAUAUUACCUGCAACUGAUGAGUGUUUUUAUGUUAGAGAGAACAGUAACUCAGGAUCUCAAUCUUUAACUAUGGAUGAGACUGAAUCGCUUAGAAGCAAACUUGAAAUUCAGGUGAGGGGUGAAUUGGCUGUGGCACCCACCUUAUCAUUCUCUUCAUGUAAUCUUCCUCGGAGGCUUCUUCAAAAUAUAGACGCGGCAGGAUAUGACAUGCCCACACCUGUGCAGAUGCAAGCAAUCCCAGCUGCUUUGAUAGGCAAAAGCCUUCUUGUUUCGGCUGACACGGGCUCCGGGAAAACAGCUUCCUUUCUCAUUCCUAUUGUUUCUCAUUGUGCAAAUAUUCGCCUUGAGAGGUCCUCAAACCAGAAAAAUCCAUUAGCAAUGGUUCUAACACCAACUAGGGAGCUUUGUAUACAGGUUGAAGAACAUGCCAAGUUACUUGCAAAGAGUUUGCCUUUCAAAACUGCACUUGUUGUUGGUGGUGAUGCUAUGGCUGGUCAACGACAUCGCAUUGAGGGCGGAGUGGAACUAAUCAUUGGAACUCCGGGGAGGCUUAUUGAUCUUUUAUCCAAGCAUGAUAUUGAACUAGAUGAUGUAAAGAUCUUUGUACUGGAUGAGGUGGAUUCCAUGCUUCAAAGGGGUUUCCGAGAUCAGGCCAUGCAAAUCUUUCAGGCUCUAUCACAACCCCAGGUCUUGAUGUAUUCAGCAACAAUCUCACAAGAGGUGGUAAAGAUGGCUAGCACUAUGGCAAAAGAUAUUGUUUUCAUAUCUGUUGGCAAGCCUAACAGACCAAGUAAGGCUGUGAAGCAGGUAGCUAUCUGGGUUGAGUCAAAGAAUAAAAAGCAAAAGCUUUUCGACAUUUUAGUCAGUAAGAAGCAUUUUAUGCCACCUGUUGUGGUGUAUGUUGGUUCGAGAGUUGGGGCAGAUCUCCUAUCUAAUGCAAUUACAGUCAGCACUGGGAUGAAAGCUUUAUCAAUCCACGGGGAAAAGCCCAUGAAGGAGAGGAGAGAAAUCAUGCGGUCGUUUUUAGUGGGAGAGGUUCCUAUUCUUGUGGCCACUGGGGUUUUGGGUCGUGGUGUUGAUCUCUUGGCUGUGAGACAGGAGCAGCUGUACCUCGGGAGCUUGUUACUUCACGAUAUGCAGCUGGUUCAUUCUCUAGUGGCAAGGGCCAGAAAAGGAGAAAGCAUGGCUGCUGAAGUCUCAAUGAGUCAAUUGCCUUAACUAUUUUCUGGCUUCAAGUCAACUUGUUGGAAAUAUUUUAUGAGUCUCACAGACAAUUUCUCAUAGGAUAAGGCAAAAUGAAACUUGUAGACUCACUGAAUACUGAAUAGCCGCAAAUGCUGAUAGCGCCCUCCAAUGCUAAUACAAUUUUGUUGUGCAGUUGUGGCAUAGUACAGACAACCAGUCCGACUCUGCUUGUACUCAGAGUACAGCCAAAAACUACUUUGAUUUGCAGUCUAGAAAUCAGAUGUUGGUUGUGAAAUGAGAGGGAUUCUUAUGGUUUGUAAAUAUGCUAAGAAGAAAAUGAUGCACGCGCCUUUCUCUGGUUGCAAAAUUAAGGUUUGCUGAAGAGUUUUCUGUACAAUGGGUCUACGAUUUUUUUAUAGCAUGAGACAAAUUUCAAAGUGAGAUUCUUGCCAACUUGAGCAUAUCUGGUGUUAAAAGAGCUUUAACAGACAUUAGUUGGUUAAAUUCUGAUUGACAGCUGAUAGCUCUAUAUGCCAAACUAUAAGCUGCUGGUGAGGAUUCUAACAUCUCCAUUAAGCAUUAUUGACAGGAAUCUGUAGCCGUCCGCUGGCUUAAUUGGUUUAGGAUUUACAAGCACAAGGCGAGGCUACAACAAUCAACAUAGGUUAGGUUUGGAUAGUAAGUUGAGUUGAGAUGAAUGUUGAAUAAGAUAUUAUUAAAAAAUUAUUUUUUUAACAUUAUUAUUGUUUUGGGAUUUGAAAAGAUUGAAUUGUUUAUUGUAUUUUAUGUAGAAAUUUGUGAAAAUUAUAGUGAUGAUAUGAGAUAAGAUAGAUGAGUUAAAAAGUGUUUCUCAAUCUAAAUUGAGCUAUAAUCUUCCAACAAACUGUGGAAGAGAGGAGCCAGGUAUUGGACAACCUGGACUGAUGGAUGGAGUAAACAGAGAUUGGGGGCAGUGACAGCCAAAUCAAAGUCGUUUCUCCAAACAAAAACGAACUCGCUCUUCUUGCCUCAGUUGGACUUUGAGUAGAAGAAAAGAUACCUGAAUGUUUCAAAGGAGACGGCGAACUGUGAUGAUUUAUUUCUUUUAUUUUUGGUAAUUGCCAUACAA